AGCUUGAGCAAACGUACUGUUGGAUUCCUUGCUAAAUAAUAAUUAUUCAUCAUGAACGUGGGCUUUGCUCUCGUUCUCCUCUGGUCUCUCCUAAUAACCAAUGUGCUUGCAGAGCUGCCUGUACCUCAGAACCUGACUCUGCUCACCCUGAACACAGAGUACCUACUAACAUGGGACUGGGACCGGGACCAGACGACCACAGGCAACACUGUUACCUUCACUGCAGAGUACAUGGGGAAGUAUAAGAUGCAGAGGAAGAAGAAGAACUGGAGCCGUGUGUGUGAGAGGACCAUACAUACCCACUGUAACUUCACAGGCUCUGAUCUGCACUACCUGGGCAUGUAUGUGCUCAGGGUCCGAGCCAGUGCAGACGGACUGAACUCAGACUGGGUCCUUAAAGACUUCUGCCCCGAUAAAGACGCUGCUUUGGGCCCACCAUCCAGGGUUGAGCUGGCUCCUGUGGGGAACCUGCUGGACGUGACCAUCUCUGACCCCCUGACCAGCACCCAGGGCUCCAUGAAGGAACACGUCCUCUCCCUGUACUACCACAUCCUGUACUGGAACCUGUCUGAUGACCCUCGGGGUCUAAAGCCUAAUGUGGUGAACUCUAACAACAACCUGGUGACGCUGCCUGAGCUGGAGGCCUGGACGUGGUACUGUGUCAUGGUUCAGUCUCGUUACGACUACUACAACAAGACAAGCGGCUACACGGCACCCCAGUGCAUGCAGACAGAAGGUGACACCCAGUGGAGGCAGAUCUUCCUGUACUUCCUGGUCUCCCUGGUAGUAUGUUUCCUGCUGGUGCUGCUGCCCUACACCUUCUUUAGGUUCUACAGAGUCCUCAAACACACCUUCUACCCCACCAUCCAGCUGCCUGCAUACAUCCAGGAGUAUCUCUGUGACUCCUCCCUCGGCUCUGAAAUGCCCAUUCUCCUCACUCCUGAGUCGGAGCUGUGCUGUGAUAAUCUGAGCGUGUACGCUGAGGUGGUGCCGCUGGAGAUCCACAUAGCUCCUCCCUUCACAGCUCCCCCCUCAGGGCUGCAGCAUGACAGCAGCAGGCAUAGCCGCCAGGGCAGUGAAGGCAGCGGAGACUCUGGGGUCUACUCCACAGAGGGAGGCUCCGGCCAGCAGGGUUCUAGUGGUGGGGGUGAGCCAAUCAGGAGAGACAAGGAAGUGGAGAAGGUCAAGCUGGAGGAGAUGGGGGAAGAGCCUGGAGACGAAGGAGUUCCGGAUGAGGGAGUUGUGGAUGUGUGCGUCUGAGGAGAGAUGGAGAGAGCGAGAGGAGCGCUGGGUGGAAAGACUGUAGGUGAUUGUAAUAGGGAAAGGAGGAGGGUCAUACGGAAUGUUCUCUGAAGUCUGUCUUUCUACCCCUCAAAGGACACUUUGAAGUUGAUGACAUCUCGCUUAAAAGACAUCACACAGAUUAAAAGACACAUCUCAAAAGUAAGGGUGUAACGGUAAACAUAUUCAUACCAACUCGUUCGGUAUGGGGGACCUCUGUUCAGUCUGCACUGUGAACCCAGAUUAAAACAAACAAUUUUACUGUA